AUGACAUCCAACUACGACAUUGAUGUUGGCUUUGUCAAAAAUCAUGUGAUCAUAAAAGAAAAUUUGAGAAGUAUAGAAAAUAAUAGUGAUGUACAAGAAAUAUUUCCAACAGCAACAGUAGAUAAUACUUUAAAAGAUAACACGCAAAAAGUGACACAACAGGGUUUGAAGAGUGGGUUGGAUCAGUUGUCUAUAGAGACUUUGAAAAUGAUGUGUAAGGGUGAAGGUUUGUCAGAAUCAGGAAGUAAGAAAGAGUUGGUGGAAAGGUUGGUAGUAAGGAUGAUUAGUAAAGUGAAAGAAAGAGGUAUUAAGAAUAGCAGUCAGGGUAAGGAUAUGUGUGAAGAGAAGUUAAAUAGUGAAUUAGAUAACAUGGUGCAUGAGAGUAGAGAUAACAGGAGAUUAGAUGUAAAUGAAGAAAAUUUUGGAUUGCAAGAUCCUGGAAAGAUCUUUGGAAAAAAUAGUUCAGGUGAUAAUGGAGAAGGUUUGACAAGUAAGGAGGGUUGGGAUAUAGCAGCAGGGAUUAAUGAUCCUUUGGAUGAUGAUCCAAUGGAAGCAUAUUUUUAG